AUGUCAAUGAGGGUGAAGGAAGUGCUUCCACAAGUGGAAGAAAUUGUUCCAAAUGUGAAGAUUUUCUUGGACAACACCAAUGGAAUCAUUGAAGCGCUUCCGACCAAGAGGCAACUUGGACUUAGGGUGCUCGAAAUCGGCUUGAUUGUUGGUAUAGCUAUUUGGCUCUACAACGGGAAUGCUUUGGACAAGAAGGCAAGCAAGGAGAAGAAGGCAAACAAGGAUGAUAAGGCAAGCUAG